AUGACAUCUACAAACCUUGUCCUGUAUCUGGCAUUUCUGUUCUUGGGGAAAAUGGCUCAAGCAACUAAUGAGAAAUCUUCCUCAUCUCAACAAGAAAGCAGUUUUAUAUCUGCUAAUGUUGGUGAAAGUUUGACUUUACAAUGUUUCUACAAAGACGACUCUGCAACAAGGCUUUACUGGUAUAAGCAAACUCUUGGACAGAAACCAAGGCUCAUGUCCACCCUAUAUGUGUUUAAUAGAAAUGGCACUUUUCAUGAUGAAUUUGGGCACAAUCCACGCUUCAAACUGGAUACUGCAAUUGGUAAAAAUCACUUGAUGAUCUCAGAUUUGCACUUCUCAGACUCAGCUACUUACUACUGCGCAAGAAGGGCUUCAUUAAUGAUCGAAUUUGUAGAGGGCAUAACAGUCAGUGUUAAGGGUUCAGGUUUAAACAUCCAAGCUUUGGUACAUCAGUCGGCAUCUGAGAGCAUCCAGCCAGGAGGCUCUAUGACUCUGAACUGUACAGUACACACUGGGACCUGUGAUGAUGGAGAACACAGUGUUUACUGGUUCAAAAACUCUGAAGAAUCUCAUCCAGGACUCAUUUACACACAUGGAGGCAGGAAUGAUCAGUGUGAGAGGAACACCAACACACAAACACACACCUGUGUCUACAACUUGCCGAUGAAGAGUCUGAAUCUUUCUCAUGCUGGGACCUACUACUGUGCUGUCGCCUCAUGUGGACAGAUACUGUUUGGAAACGGGACCAAGUUGGACGUUGAGCAUGAGGUAGACUCUCUUGUCUUGGUGUAUUUCUUGAGUGGAGCUUUAGCAUUCACCACCAUCCUGGUUGUUUUACUGGCUUUCUCAGUUUGUGUUAUCAUCAAAAGAAACAGCUGCCAGUGCAAAGAGUCUCAUGCAAGAUAUUCAGCUUCCUCAACAACAAAUGCAGAGGGUCACCAAAAUGAAGAAAACAUCCAUUACGCAGCCUUAAAGAAACACAAGGUCAACAGAUCUAAAAGACAGAAGAACAGCACCGACACUGAAUGUGUGUACUCAAGUGUAAAGCAGUAG